AUGAAGGCUAUGAAUAAGGAUCAGCAUCCACCUGAGCGCACAAUUAUUUCCUUAAACUCGUUAACAAAAUGUGAAAAAUCAGACAAGGAUCCAACUAAAAAGCUAUGCAAAAUUGAAAUGGAUGAUACCGAUUACGGAGGGCAUAUCGAAAUUUAUGCCAAGACUCCAAAUGACGACGACCAUUUAAGCUUGGUUACAAAAGUUGACCCGACCGAGUGCAAAGUGGGUACUAAUGUUGUUAUUGAAAAGUGGCAUACUGGAGAAGUCAGAGCAAGAUGUGAAAAGAAUGUGGGACUGAUCGACUUGGAUCAUCCAGAAAAUAAGAUUAAAUUGAAUUCUGAGGAGGCUAAAAAAGUGAAAAAGUGUAUGUUAAUAUUUAAUUUGAGAUGGUUCAAUGGGGAUUCAAUGGUUCAAUAUAUCUUGGAACCAGUUUGA